GGCCCAGCCCGCCCCGCCUUAGCUCCCGCGCUAGAGAGAAACAUGUAUCGUUUCCGAUCACAGCUCUUCACCGGGAUUUCUGCUGCUGCCACCGCCCACUCUUACCCCCGCCGCUUCUCGCCUCUGUUGUUAGCUGAAGACUCGCCUCUUAGCCGCCCUCCGCACAGACGCACGAGUAAAAAGUGCAGCUCCAUCGGCUGAUCUUUGCUAAGCCCUGAGUUUAGGCGGCACCGGGCGUCCCACGAUGCCGAAGAAUAAGAAGCGGAAUACUCCCCACCGCGGUGGCAGUGGUGGCAGCGGCUCAGGGGCAGCUGCAGCGACGGCGGCGACAGCAGGUGGCCAGCAUCGAAAUGUUCAACCUUUUAGUGAUGAGGAUGCAUCGAUUGAAACAAUGAGCCAUUGCAGUGGUUACAGCGAUCCUUCCAGCUUUGCUGAAGAUGGACCAGAAGUCCUUGAUGAGGAAGGAACUCAAGAAGACUUAGAGUACAAAUUGAAGGGAUUCAUUGACCUGACCCUGGAUAAGAGUGCGAAGACCAGGCAGGCAGCUCUUGAAGGUAUUAAAAAUGCACUGGCUUCAAAAAUGCUUUAUGAAUUUAUUCUGGAAAGAAGAAUGACUUUGACUGACAGCAUUGAACGCUGCCUGAAAAAAGGUAAGAGUGAUGAGCAGCGUGCGGCUGCAGCACUAGCAUCUGUUCUGUGUAUUCAGUUGGGCCCUGGGAUCGAAAGUGAAGAAGUUUUGAAAACUCUUGGACCAAUCCUAAAGAAAAUAAUUUGUGAUGGAACAGCUAGUAUCCAGGCUAGGCAAACUUGUGCAACUUGCUUUGGUGUUUGCUGUUUUAUUGCUACAGAUGACAUUACUGAGCUGUAUUCAACUCUGGAAUGUUUGGAAAAUGUCUUCACCAAGUCCUACCUCAAAGAGAAAGACACUAAUGUUAUUUGCAGCACCCCUAAUACAGUGCUUCACAUCAGCUCGCUUCUCGCAUGGACAUUAUUAUUGACCAUAUGCCCGAUCAGUGAAGUGAAGAAAAAGCUUGAGAUGCAUUUCCAUAAACUUCCAAGCCUCCUGUCUUCUGAUGAUGUAAACAUGAGAAUAGCUGCUGGUGAAUCUUUGGCACUUAUGUUUGAAUUGGCCAGAGGGAUGGAGAGUGACUUUUUUUAUGAAGACAUGGAGUCUUUGACUCAGAUGCUUAGGGCUUUGGCUACAGAUGGAAACAAGCACCGUGCCAAAGUAGACAAGAGAAAGCAGCGGUCCGUGUUCAGAGACAUCCUGAGGGCAGUGGAGAAUCUGAAAAAUAAAAGCCUCCAAGCUCGAGCAGACGUCUAUGUUAAAAAUUGAUCCUUUUGAUCGUACAAUUUUAGUGCGGUGGUGUCCCCAAAUUAAGCAAGGCAUUUUCUUGAAUAACUACAAACUACUCCUCUAUUUGGAUAAUGUCACCGCCAAAGAUAAGAUAAUGGUGUGUUCUAUGUUUUCUGGAUUAGACCUGAUGUCAGAUUUUCUGUCUUGAUGCAUCCUUUCUGGAUCAAAGAUUGUAAGGCUCAGCAGGAUUUGAGCAGACCCUGUUGACAAGCCCCUCGGCCUGAGCAGCCACAGCACGCAGCACUGAUUGUCCUAAGACACAAGCCAGAUCGCAGUGCACACCAGCCUUAACAGGCCUCUCAUGUGCCCCCCACCCCUGCCCAGCACCUCCUACAAGUGAAAGCCCUUUCUUUGCCUCAUAAUUCUUCCCUGCAGUGCUCUCCCCUUAGGCCUUCUCCACCCUCCCCUCUCCACCUCAGGAUUUCCCUUCCUCCCCUGCCCUUUGCCUGGGUUCCCUCUUCUCCAGCUCUGCUUCACUGUACCUGCUGAAGAAAGGUCUGUCCUCACAGCCUUGCUAAGUGUUCUUGUUUCUUAACUUUCACUGGAACCCAGCUUUCUCUGAAGGACCCUGCUUCCUUGAUGGAUCUUUUAAAUGAAGCUGAUUAAACUGCUGUAGAGGAGAGUUCUCCAUUUUAGGUGUGCUUGUUGCUGCCCAUCCUUUCUUUUCAUCUGGAAAUCUUUCUUUAAGCUCAUGUGUGUCUUAAUCAGCAAGCAUUUAAUACGUUAGGUGCCUUGAUACAAAGUUUUCUUAUUUCUGUUCCAUUAUAACACUUGAGCAACACAGUUAUUUUUUUAAGGAAAAAUGGAGACCAAAGGCAGAAAGAACAGUAAGUAGCACAGCUGGAAUUUGAACCCAUUGUACUGUGCCAUCAACAGGGCCACAUGCUGCAGAUCGGUCAAGUGAGAGAGAGUGAAGGAAGUGUCCAUUGGAUUUGUCAUUCGGUCAUUGGUGGGUGACCUUUAUAAGAGCAGCUUCAGUAGAGUGAUGUCAGGAAACCUUGACUGAAGGGGAUUGGAAAGUGAAGCAGUGGAGAUGUUGUGUUUUGACUGUUCUUUUUUUUUUU